AUGCAACCCGCAUCGUCGGAAGACAAGCCACCUACAUGCCCUCCCAAAGUUUAUGACGGCCACAAUAAGGCCGCAGACGUCACUGUUGUCGAGACCUUGAGCAUCGAUCUCGAGAGCAACAAUACUACGGAAGAGAAGAUGGCGCCGAGCAGGAAGGCUCCCUGGUGGUCCAGAUAUUCGGGGUAUAAGAAAGUCACCGCGUUACCGGCCAGCCGGACGCGUCGCGCCGUAUUCUUUGCAUCAUCGGCUGGUGCCAUCACGCUCAUUGCCCUGUUCGUAUGGCUCGCGAAGACUGGGCGAUUCAGUGCCUUCCCACAGAAGGACAACGUCAAGGUCGCCCUGGCGCAGGGUACGUAUUUUGGCGAAAUCACACAGAAAUCAGACAAGUAUCCCCGAGCAAUUGAGGCAUGGCGUGGGAUUCCCUACGCGCAAUCAACGGGAGGUGAAAAUCGCUUCCGUCCUCCACAGCCUUUACCCGACAACUUGAAUUCGGCGGCCAUCUAUGAUGCGCGGGGCUUUGGGUCCAUCUGCGGCAACGGUGGCGAUGAGGACUGCUUAAAUGCAAACGUUUAUCGGCCACGUUUGGGCGACGACGCCAAGGCCGACGCGGCGGACAUGGCGAAGCUGGGAGGCGAAGGCAAGAGAUUACCCGUCGUCGUCUACGUGCAUGGUGGAGGUUUCAACGGCGGAGCCGGCAAAGAGAGGAAUAUGGCAAGCUUUGUGAGCUGGGCCGAGACCCCAAUUGUGGGCAUUAGCUUUAACUACCGGACGGGGGCGCUGGGUUUCCUACCGAGUGCGCUCACGCAGAAGGAGGGCGCAUUGAAUCUGGGCCUCAAGGACCAGCAGAUGCUUUUCGCCUGGGUGAAGAGGAACGCAGCCAAGUUUGGCGGCGAUCCGGACAACGUCACGCUCAUGGGGCUGAGUGCUGGUGCACACUCCAUCGGCCAUCAGUUGAUAUCGUAUUCCACGGCGAAUAGGUUGACUCAAGAUCCGGCCCCUUUCCAAAAAGUCAUCAUGGAGUCUGGAGGUCCGACGGCGCGCGCUGUCUUCGCUCCCUCACAUCCUCUGCAUGAGAAGCAGUUUCAAGAGUUCCUCAAAGCUUGUGGGCUCUCGGGCACGCCGGACGAGGACGUUUUUACGCAGCUCCGGGCGCUUCCACUCAGCAAAAUCCAGUCUGCCUCCAGCAGCAUCUGGAACAAAUACAACAGGCCGAGUCUGCGGUGGGCAUUCCAGCCAUCGAUCGACGGGCCAGGAGGUGUCGUCCCUGAUUUGCCCACACAAUCUUGGGAGAAGGGCCAUGUUUUGAGGAUACCAAUCAUGUCGGGAUUCGACACGAACGAGGGUGCCCUCUUCGUGCCUACGAAAGACUCGGACUCCAAGGCCCUUCGCAACCUGAUGGGUGGAAUUAUUCCGGCGCUCAAUGAAACAAGUCUGUCAACAAUGGAAACCAUCUAUCCUGACCCUCUGACCACGGACAAGGGCAGACAGAUGUAUGUUAUCGCACCUCCUGCCGGUUUUGGCAAGCAAUUCUGGCGCUUGGAUGAUGCCUACGCGCACUGGGCGUACAUUUGUCCGGUUCUGCAGACUGGUCACUUCGCGUCCACAGCCUCCGACUCAAAGGCACCUGUGUAUAUCUAUCAUUUCGCAGCACGAUCUGCGGCGCAUGGUGCUACCGACCACGGCGAUGAGGCACCUGUUGUCGCCCACGACCAGCAGGUCCUGACCAACUUCCCCGGCUUGACAAAGACGGCCGACGUCAUGACGGGUUUCUGGACUCGCUUUGCAGCUUUCGGUGACCCAAACCCGACAUACCCUAAUUCGGCGGCCGACGUCGAUAUUACCUGGGAGAAGUUCACUAGCCCGUUCUCGAACAACGGCGAUGGUAUCACUGGUGGGAAGGGACAGGUCGCCCUCUUCGGCGAAGGGAACGACGAGCGCAUGAUGUCCAGAGGCCGUUCCUCCUUCGGCAUACCAGCACAGAUGAUCUCGUUGACAGACAGGGAGCUGAUGCAGUGCCGAUACUGGUUCGACAGGGAGGUGUACAGUGAAGGGUUCGGAAACGGAACUCUCAGUUUUGCAUGA